AUGAACAGGUCAGAGAACUUGUUCUUUACUGGCUCCUCAUUAGCAUCCCAAGUUCAUGCUGCUGCCAUUAAUGGAGAUAAGGGUGCUCUUCACAGGCUCAUCAUAGGAAACUCUGCCCUUAAAGACAAAGAAGAUCAAUUUGGGAGGACACCACUCAUGUACUGUGUGUUGGCUGACAGACUGGAUUGUGCAGAUGCUCUCCUGAAGGCAGGAGCAGAUGUUAAUAAAACUGACCACAGCCAGAGAACGGCCCUCCAUCUUGCAGCUCAAAAGGGAAAUUAUCGUUUCAUGAAACUCUUACUUACACGCAGAGCAAACUGGAUGCAAAAGGAUCUGGAAGAGAUGACCCCUUUGCACUUGACCACUCGGCACAAGAGCCCCAAGUGUUUGGCGCUUCUGCUGAAGUUUAUGGCACCAGGAGAAGUGGAUACACAGGAUAAAAACAAGCAAACGGCUCUGCAUUGGAGUGCCUAUUACAAUAACCCGGAGCACGUGAAGCUGCUUAUCAAGCACGAUUCCAACAUCGGGAUCCCUGACGUCGAAGGCAAGAUCCCACUUCACUGGGCAGCUAACCAUAAAGAUCCCAGUGCUGUUCAUACGGUGCGAUGCAUCCUGGACGCUGCUCCCACGGAGUCCUUACUGAACUGGCAAGACUACGAGGGUCGGACACCUCUUCACUUUGCGGUCGCUGAUGGGAAUGUGACAGUGGUCGAUGUCUUGACCUCAUAUGAAAGCUGCAAUAUAACGUCUUACGACAACUUAUUUCGAACCCCACUUCACUGGGCAGCUUUGCUAGGCCAUGCACAGAUUGUCCAUCUCCUUUUAGAAAGAAAUAAAUCUGGAACCAUCCCAUCCGACAGCCAAGGAGCAACACCCUUGCACUAUGCAGCUCAGAGUAACUUUGCCGAAACAGUUAAAGUAUUUUUAAAACAUCCUUCAGUGAAAGAUGAUUCAGACCUGGAAGGAAGAACAUCCUUUAUGUGGGCUGCUGGAAAAGGCAGUGAUGAUGUCCUUAGGACUAUGCUGAGUUUAAAAUCUGACAUUGAUAUUAACAUGGCAGACAAAUACGGAGGUACAGCAUUACAUGCCGCGGCCCUUUCUGGCCACGUCAGCACCGUGAAGUUAUUGUUGGAAAAUAACGCUCAAGUAGAUGCCACUGAUGUCAUGAAGCACACUCCACUUUUCCGAGCCUGUGAGAUGGGACACAAAGAUGUGAUCCAGACACUUAUUAAAGGUGGAGCAAGGGUAGAUCUAGUGGAUCAAGAUGGACACUCUCUCCUACAUUGGGCAGCACUGGGAGGAAAUGCUGAUGUUUGCCAGAUCUUGAUAGAAAAUAAGAUCAAUCCAAAUGUGCAAGAUUACGCGGGAAGAACCCCUCUGCAGUGCGCUGCCUAUGGCGGCUACAUCAACUGCAUGGCAGUGCUCAUGGAAAACAAUGCAGACCCUAACAUUCAAGACAAAGAGGGAAGAACAGCUUUGCACUGGUCCUGUAACAACGGAUAUCUUGAUGCCAUUAAAUUACUGUUAGACUUUGCUGCUUUUCCUAAUCAGAUGGAAAAUAAUGAAGAAAGGUACACUCCCCUUGACUAUGCCUUGCUCGGUGAGCGCCAUGAAGUGAUCCAGUUCAUGUUGGAGCACGGCGCCCUGUCCAUCGCAGCCAUACAAGACAUCGCUGCCUUCAAAAUCCAGGCGGUCUACAAAGGAUACAAGGUCAGAAAAGCUUUUCGAGAUCGGAAAAAUCUCCUCAUGAAGCACGAACAGUUGAGAAAAGAUGCUGCUGCCAAGAAGCGAGAGGAAGAAAACAAACGAAGAGAGGCAGAACAGCAGAAGGGAAGGCUGAGCCCAGAUUCCUGCAGAUCCCAAGCCCCUCCCUGUGUGCCCAGCACCCAGGCUGAGCCCCACAGGCAGAGCUGGACCCCCAGCAAACAGCAUCCCACCAGCAGCGCAGCCCAGGACCCUGAGGGGAGAGCCUGUCGAGGAUCUCCAGGCAGAGCCCCCCAGAGGGAGGCUGGGAACAGCCCCCCAGAUGUGCAGGGAACAGACCCCAGAAAGCCAAAUGAAUCAUCCAGAGAACACUCUAAAGGCCGAUCUGCCUGUGUCCACUUCAGCCCCAGUAAAGGCAAGGAUGGAAACAGGCAUCCAGGAGUCUCCUCUGUUGAGAAGUCCGGAGGUGAGACAGUUGGUGAGCGGCGGUGUGACAAGGGGAAAGGCUUCUUGAAGCAGCCCUCCUGUAUCAGGGCGGCUGGGCCUGAUGAGGAAGGAGAGGACCCCGGUUGGGCAGCUGCAAGCCUUCCACAGCAGGAUGGCCACCGGAAGCCCGGCAGGCGGCAGGACCCAGCACCCAAGGCCAGGUGUGCUUCCCAAAAAAGGCGCAUUCAAGAGCUCAGAGGAGGAAGGGGCUCCCCGGCUGGUUCUAGCCGGCCUGGCAGUGCCAAGGGGGAGGUGGUCCACGCUGGGCAGCAUCCUCUCCACCAUCGGACACCAAGAAACAAAGUGACACAGGACAAGCUCGCAGGAGGGAUCUACUCAGAUUUGCCACAGAGCACAGAGGUGUUGAGGUCGGGAGUCAGGAAGCUGGGAACAUCUGCCCUGUCUGAGGACACCCAGCUAUCCAAGGAGACUGAUCCAGCACCUGGUCCCCUCUCUGGGCAGAGUGUCAAUAUUGACCUUCUCCCCGUAGAACUGCGGCUGCAGAUAAUCCAGAGAGAAAGGAGCAGGAAAGAGCUGUUUCGCAAGAAGAACAAGGCGGCCGCGGUCAUCCAGCGGGCCUGGAGAAGCUACCAGCUUAGGAAGCACCUGUCCCACCUUCUGCACAUGAAGCAGCUUGGAACCAGAGAUGUGGACAGAUGGAACCGAGAGUGCCUGGCAUUGCUGCUCCAAGUUUGGAGGAAAGAACUGGAACUAACCCCCCCAAAGACCACUGCAGUAAGCAGGACCACGAAGAGUCCAUCCAAGGGCAGCUCAGGCACAAAGUCCACCAGACACUUAGUACUCAAGCAGAUCUAUGGUUGUUCUCAAGAAGGGAAAGUUCCUCAUCCCACAAGAUCUUCCAAAGCCCAUCCUGUGCUGCAUCUCAAUUCAGUGAGCAACUUGCAGUGUAUACACCUCCUUGAGAAUAGUGGAAGAUCAAAGAAUUUUUCUUAUAACCUGCAAUCAGCUACUCAAUCAAAAACCAAAACAAAGCUUCGACCACCUGUGGAGGAAGACCGUGUCCGGGGGAACUGGAAUAGCUAG